ACAGGCAAAUAUCUUCCCGAUUUCACCCAUUACUGUAGCUUCCUGGCAAAGAUGCACAAAUGGCAUGCCCAUAAUAUUUGGCCUUCCCUUUGCUUAUUUCCAGUGAUUAAAAUAACUCAGUUUAUUACAAUUUUGGCUAUUUUAUUAGCAUUGCUUCCUAUAGAAAUAGUUAACCACAGUGGAAAAUGUUAGCAGUUUUGGAAUUAAAUAUUAUGUGUGUUUAUUAAUAAAGUAUACUACUGAAAAGCAUAAUCUUGUUAAGCAAAAAGUUUAAGGAAGUUAAGCCAUUCUUUGGUAUAUCUGUAGGCUUUUAAAAAGAGUUCCUGGGAUUUUUAUUUAACCCUUGUGUUGGUGUUUGACAUUUUAUGAUCUCUGUCUAGAUUUUAAAUUCCUUAGAGGGAAGGUCUUUGUAUAUUCCCCUAUAAGCAGCUAGUAUGAUGCGCUAUACAGCCCAUGGGUGCACUCUUUAAUUUAAUCCUAUUUAAGCUGGUAGUUUUGGGGCAGGUCACUAUCACUUACUAGCUGUGAGACCUUGAGCAAGUUAAUUAAUUUCUCUGUGCUUCGGUUUCUCACAAGUAAAAGCUGUAUUUCUGUUCAAGGGAGUAUGUAAUACAAAUAUUGUGGCUUUAUUGAAAUAGUUAAAAGAUCUUGAGUAAGGUUGAAAUCAGCAUUUAAAUAUUUAAGGAAAAUUGGUUCAUGAAACGGAUAGUUUGACUUAUGAGUUGCAUAAUAGUGUUUAAAUAUUUGGGAAAAUGUGCUUAAUCAAUGUAAAAGCUUAAUAAAUUGAACAUUAAACAAAACUAAGUAGUGGUAAGUGUACUUUCCAGGCCAGAAGUCCCUGAGACAUUAAGGAUCCUAGCAACAGACAAGACAAAUUUCAUCCAGUACAUUUAACAGGUUGUACCUUAGAGUAAAAAUGUAUGAGGUCUGGCUAUUACUAUUGAAAACAAAAUCCAGCUAAUACGCUUAGCAGGAAAACCCAGUUAGCAGCUGCAUGGGUUGCUUUUUGCGCUUAUGUCUCUUGAUAAGGAUUAUUUACGUUGUGGCUUGAUGAGGCUUGGAUCACAGACUAAUGUUUUGCCACAUUCACCUCUCUAGUAAUAAGCCCAAGAUUAGUUCCUUUAAAACACUUCCUAGAUCCAGCUUUCUCAAGUGAGGGCAACUGAGAGGUGAGGGUUUUAGAGAAAAAAGUAGGCCAUGCAACCUGAAUAAUCAAAGAAUUUUUAGGAAGAGGAAAAAUUAAUAUUCCAUUUUAUCUUGGGUUGAUGUUAAACCCUUCCACCUCCCCCAGUGUUCAUUAAAGUUGCUAUAUAAACAGACACACCCAAGGUUGUUCUCACUUCAUAUCGCUGUCUUGAAAGAAUGAUUCCAGUUGCCAAUUUAUGCUAAUGGAUAUGUUCAGAGAUAUGUUGAUGAUGCUUCCGAGCUGCAUGACGAUUCCACUAACUGCAGAAUCAGCAUGUGCAGCUGUAUUUCUGAAAUGGUUACUUCAGCGUGCCGCUUCCCUGGCUGAUCUAAGAUGCUCUGAAGAUUCUCCGAGGACUUACACGCUAAUGAUGCUUAGGGAUUCGUGUCCUGAAGAACUCUGUAAUCCUGUGCUUCCUGAAUCCCACUCUAAGCCAGGGCCUUCUGUCACACCGCAAGAGUUACAGGCAGUUGGAAAGCUCUGCUAAGCAACCAUUCUGCUUGGCCUUUGGGGUUCAGUGAGGUGCCGCUUAGGAUCUACGCAGCAGCCUUGAUCAGGAUGUAGUUCCUUCUUGGCCCUCGGUCCCAGGUGGUGCUCUGAGGGUCUUCCUUCCUGAACAGCAGCAGUAAAGCCAGCCUUGCCAUGGGCGAGGUCAGCCAAGAGGCUGUGGAGAGCUACCUGGAGGACCACCCUGGGUUUGCCGAGGAGUACUUCCACAGGAAGCUGCGGACAGGGGCGCUGGGAGAAGCCUCCAAGCACAGCGAGGUGCAGGGCCUGGCCAGCGGGUCCUCCCCCGGGCUGUCCACAGAGGAGGAGGCAGCCCUGUGCUUGGAGCUGUUCCAGGCCAUGCAGGAGGACGCGGGCAGCGCCGAACCCGCAGCACACUUGGUCCUGAAGAGGCUGGCACGGCUGCUGCGGGCGGAUCGCUGCAGCCUGUUCCUGUGCCGGGCCCGCAACGGCUCGCCCGAGGUGGCCUCCAGGCUGCUGGAUGUCACCCCCACAUCCAAGUUUGAGGACAACCUAGUGGUCCCUGACAGAGAAGUGGUGUUUCCAUUGGACAUCGGGGUAGUGGGUUGGGUUGCUCACUCAAAGAAAGCCCUUAACGUUCCAGAUGUAACAAAGAACAGCCAUUUUUCUGACUUCAUGGACAAACAAACCGGGUAUGUCACUCGGAACCUGCUGGCAACCCCGAUCGUGAUGGGCAAGGAGGUUCUGGCUGUGGUUAUGGCAGUUAACAAAGUAAAUGCAUCUGAAUUCUCCAAGCAGGAUGAAGAGGUCUUUUCCAAAUACCUCACCUUUGUUUCCAUCAUCCUAAAGCUUCAUCAUACCCACUACUUGUACAGUGUUGAAUCUCGAAGAAGCCAGAUCCUUAUGUGGUCAGCCAAUAAAGUAUUUGAAGAGCUCACAGACAUUGAGCGACAGUUUCACAAAGUGCUCUACACAGUUCGAACAUACCUGAACUGUGAGCGGUACUCCAUUGGACUGCUGGACAUGACCAAGGAGAAGGAAUUCUACGAUGAAUGGCCAGUCAAGCUUGGAGAAGUCGAGCCUUAUAAAGGUCCAAAGACACCAGAUGGCAGAGAAAUCAUCUUUUAUAAAAUCAUUGACUACAUUUUGCAUGGGAAGGAAGAGAUCAAAGUGAUUCCGACACCUCCCGCAGACCACUGGACUCUUGUUAGUGGAUUACCAACAUACGUUGCUGAAAAUGGAUUUAUAUGUAAUAUGGUGAAUGCCCCUGCAGAUGAAUACUUCACAUUUCAGAAAGGACCUGUAGAUGACACUGGCUGGGUCAUUAAAAAUGUCUUGUCCCUGCCUAUUGUCAACAAGAAAGAAGACAUUGUGGGAGUAGCUACAUUUUACAACAGGAAAGAUGGAAAACCUUUUGAUGAAUAUGAUGAACACAUUACUGAGACUCUCACACAAUUUCUUGGAUGGUCUCUUUUAAAUACUGAUACAUAUGAGAAAAUGAAUAAGCUAGAAAACAGAAAGGAGAUAGCUCAGGAAAUGCUCAUGAACCAGACCAAAGCCACUCCUGAUGAAAUCGAGUCUAUUUUGAAAUUUAAAGAGAAGUUAAGUAUAGAUGUAAUUGAAGACUGUAAAGAAAAACAACUUGUCACAAUUUUGGAAGAGGACUUGCCAGACCCGAAGGCAGUAGGCCUGUGUGAAUUCCACUUCAGUGACUUUCCUAUUACAGAGCACGGGCUGAUUAAGUGUGGACUACGACUGUUUUUUGAAAUAAAUGUGGUGGAGAAAUUCAAAGUACCCGUAGAGGUUCUUACCAGAUGGAUGUACACCGUGAGAAAAGGGUACCGUUCCAUCACUUACCACAACUGGCGGCACGGAUUCAAUGUGGGGCAGACCAUGUUCACUUUGCUGAUGACAGGAAGGCUAAAGAAAUACUAUACAGACCUCGAAGCUUUUGCCAUGCUCGCUGCUGCUUUCUGCCAUGACAUUGACCACAGAGGCACCAAUAAUCUUUAUCAGAUGAAAUCCACGUCUCCACUGGCAAAGCUUCAUGGAUCUUCUAUUUUGGAGAGGCACCAUCUGGAGUACAGCAAGACUCUCCUGCAGGACGAGAGUUUAAACAUCUUCCAGAACCUAAAUAAACGCCAGUUUGAAACAGUUAUUCAUUUGUUUGAAGUUGCAAUAAUAGCAACUGACCUGGCUUUAUACUUCAAGAAGAGAACCAUGUUUCAAAAAAUUGUUGAUGCCUGUGAAAAAAUGGAAACUGAAGAAGAGGCCAUCAAAUACAUAACCAUUGAUCCAACCAAAAAAGAGAUCAUCAUGGCAAUGAUGAUGACUGCAUGUGACUUGUCAGCUAUAACCAAGCCCUGGGAGGUUCAAAGUCAGGUAGCACUUCUAGUUGCAAGUGAAUUUUGGGAACAAGGAGAUCUGGAGAGAACAGUGCUGCAGCAACAACCUAUUCCUAUGAUGGACAGAAACAAAAAAGAUGAACUGCCUAAACUUCAAGUUGGAUUUAUUGAUUUUGUUUGUACUUUUGUAUAUAAGGAGUUCUCCCGGUUUCACCAAGAAGUCACCCCCAUGCUGAAUGGCCUUCAGAAUAACAGAAUGGAGUGGAAAUCUCUGGCUGAUGAAUAUGAUGCCAAGGUGAAGGUAAUGGAAGAGGAGGUGAAAAAGCAGGAAGAAGGAAACAUGACUGAAAAAGCUACAGAAGAUUCAGGAGAUGGUGUUGAUGACACAAAGUCCAAAACAUGCCUAAUGUUGUAAUAUGAUCCCUUGUUCUACAUUUCAAAUAUUGUUUCUACUCUUGAAGAAAAAGAGAAAACAUUCAAAAGAACUUCAGCAAAUUUCAUUCAGCAAACCAUCAAGUAACACAGUAGGAGGGGCUUCAGAAAAGCUCCUCUUGUGACUAUCAGGGAAAAACAUACUAAGGAUAAAAUAAAGUUCUACAAAAGUGCAAAACAAGAUGAGAAUGAGUGUGUUUUAAAAGUUAUUAACUGUACGCAUCUGCUAGGGCUACCAUUAACAAAAUAUCACAGACUGGGUGA